CAUUUCAAAAGAAAAGCAAAGUGUGAUUUUCACCAGUUAUUUUUCAGUAAAAUUUUAUUUAUUUUUGUCAGUUUCAGGUUGUUUCCCACUGCAGACUUUAGCAUGUUGAUGAUUUAAACCAUACAUUAGUUUUAAACUAAGAGCAGUUAUUUUCUAAAAUACAUGUAAUUUUUAUCGAUUAGAAAUAUUUUCUUUGAUUUAAAUGUUUCCGUUUUGACAACGUAGGUUGGAAUAUUUUAAACCUCCUGAGUUUCUACUGGGCUUUUAUCUUUAGUAAAUAUGAAGGAUUUUCUGAUAAAAAGAUGCAGAUUUUCCAUUAACUUUCCUGCUUUUGUUCCCUGAAACAUUUGUAUUUGUACACAUACCUUCGCUCUGAGUUUGCAGGCGUUAAGCGGAUUAACCUCCCACCUCAAUGCAGAACUAAAGAAGAAAAAUACCCGCAGUUACCCGGCCGGAGGUAAGGAUGGGCAGUUUCUGUUUCCUGAAAAUACUCAGAAUCACUUUAAUGUAAUAACAGAGGAGCAAAGAGAUCAGAUCACAGGAGCUUCGUUUUGAAUAUGGUAAAUAAUUAGAGUUUUGGUUUGAGACGUUGAACCGGCUGGUUAAAACACCCCCUGCAUGUUUUAUUAACUUUUCUCUCCAGUUAAAGUCAACAGGAACUCAGCAGCUCGUUUGUCUGCGUUUCUCCUCCCUCCUUCUUCGCUCAUAUAAAGUAAAGUUCAGAUUUUCCUGCAUCGUCUUUCCUGCUCCUGUUUUCCCGCUUUCUGUUCGUCGCCAUGACUUUCGUCGCUCCUCCAGGCUACCAGCCCGUCUACAACCCCGUGAGUAUCUGCUGCCGGACUUUGACUGGACCAAACAGACGAAACAGUCAAAAAAAUGUUUUUUGUUUUUUAUUUUGAGCCUCAAAGUUCAGUUUUAAUGUAACAAGUAAAGCUGAGGCAGUAGAAGUAAUUUAAUUACCAAAGAAUGACAGAGUGUAUAGAAAAUAUGUAAAAAUUAAAUUAUACGAGAAUAAAGUCGUAAUUCUCGUAUAAUUUCAACGUUUUUCUCGUAUUUUUAAUUUUACUAAUAAAAUGGAUCCGUUAACAUUAAAAAGUGUCUUAGCAAUUUGAAAAUAGUUUUUGUGACCAAAAACAAUCAAAAUGAGUUUGAGUUGGAUUUUUUUACCAUUCUUCUUUUCAAAGCUGAUGGUUUAUCUAAAUUAAUUAUGUUCAAGGCUUUAAUCUGCUGAUUUUAAACCUGCUUUAUUAAAUCCUCACAGUGCCACUUAUUUAAGGAUUUUAGUAAAUUAAUUUACGAAAAUCUUGUUUUUGUUUUUAAAGGUUCCACUUUGAGAAAUCGUGAAAGUUAGUUGGAUAGUAAAACUUUAUCGCUCUCAAACUGCUUUUCAGUUCGUUUUUAACCUCAGCAGUUGCAUUCUAGACUUUUUUUACUCAUGCUGGUCUUUUUCGUUUUCCUCAAUAAUCGCCUUUCUGCUCUAAAAGUUGCUGAUUAUUCUAAUCUGAAUUAUUUUGUGCCUCUGCAGAGCAUUCCUUACCUCGGCCCCAUUUAUGGCGGCGUUCGAGUCGGAGCAUCCGUCUACAUCCAGGGGUCGGUUCCUGAAAACAUCACCAGGUUUCGGAUCAACCUUCUGUGCGGAGAGUCGGACUCCAGCGACGUCGCCCUGCACUUCAACCCUCGAUUCGACGGCUGGGACAAAGUGGUUUUCAACAGCCGGAAAGACGGAUCCUGGAUGUCGGAGGAGAAGAUCCGCAAGAUGCCUUUCUCCAAGGGCGAGGCCUUCGAGUUGGUCAUCAUGAUCACUUCCAAGGGAUUUCAGACUAAAGUCAACGGGAAGGACUUCUUCCUGUUCCCUCACCGCCUCCCUGUGGAGCAGAUCCGGGCCAUCCAGGUCUCUGGAGACGUUUCCAUCCAAACCAUUAACAUCAUUGGGGCUGCAGGCGGCGGCGGCGCGCUGCCUGGAGGAACCGGAGGAGGAUAUCCAGGAGGCAACAUGGGGCAGGGAGGAUACCCAGGAGGCAGCAUGGGGGGUGGAUAUCCUGAUGGCAUGGGCGGAGGAAUGGGACAGGGAGGAUAUCCAGGAGGCCACAUGGGGCAGGGAGGAUACCCAGGAGGCCACAUGGGGGCUGGAUGUCCUGAUGACAUGGGAGGCAGAUACCCAGGAAGCAACAUGGGGGGAGGUUUUCCAGGAUCCCACCUGCCGGUGAGAGAACAGCUCAGUAAUAUUGGCAUCAUUAUAGUUUCAUACACAUGUUUUCUGAUGUUUUUCUCUAAUUUUUAUAAACCUGUUCAGGGGAUGGCAGGGCAGCCGGUCUACAACCCACCGGUGCCGUUCUCCACCUGGAUCCCAGGAGGGAUGCUCCCCAAGAGGACCGUCAUCAUCCGGGGCUCCGUCCCCCACGGGGCCCAAAGGAUGGGCUUCAACCUGGUGGUGAGCAGAACCCGGGACGUCGCCAUCCACAUGAACCCCAGAGUGCAGGAGGGCGUCGUGGUGCGAAACGCCCAGACCGGAGGGCAGUGGGGCAGCGAGGAGCGGCAGCUCAGCGGGUCGCCCUUCGCCGAGGGACAGUACUUCGACAUGUCGAUCCGCUGCGGCAACCAGAGGUUUAAGGUGUUUGUGAACGGGCAGCACCUGUUUGACUUCUUCCACCGAACGAACUUCAGCGAAAUCGACAAACUGGAGAUCGACGGAGACGUGCAGAUCUCCUACGUCCACUUCUGAUUCUCUGCUUCCUUCUGUCUGAUUAAAGCCCAGGAAGAGAAUGUGCUUUUGAAUUUAUUCAUUUCUUAUGCAAAAACAUUGUAAAAAAACACAUCGGCAGUGACAAAAUCAAAGUAGUUAUUGUACAAAAAUCCUUAGAAAUGUAAAAACACCAGCAGAGAAACAUUCAACAAAAUGCAGAAUACUGGCUCUUUGAAGGCACUUGGAAGGUUGUGAAAGGCUGAUGAGGAUGAUGAAGAAAAAAAUGCUCCAAAUACACAGGAAACAGGAAGUGAAUCUGUUUCAGCACCUUUUUUUCUAAAAGUCCCACUGAUUAAUCAGUACCAGAUGUAUUACAAAAACAAACCAAAAGCAGGAACCGAAGUUUUUCUCCAUAACAUUCUGUAACUGUACACGGUUUUAAAAGUACCUUAGAUGCUCACAAAGAAGCACAGCGCGAUUUCUCCUCCCAAAACAGCAAAAUCCAAUCUGAAGCCGUAAUACAGGACUAGAGAUAAACAAACUGUUUACAUACAUACAUAAAAAUAUAAGUGCAUACAUGCUGCAGCGCCGCGUUUUCCUCCUCAGUGCAACAGUUUCAGAAACCGCAGAAGAAGAAGAGCAGCUGGAUGACGGGUUUCGCUCGUUUUCCAGGAUUUGUUCUCAUUCAAAUCGUGAUUUUUAAUUUUUUAAUUUGGGGAAAUAAUGUCUAAACUACUGGAAGUCAUUAGUGCAAAAGUUGAACAAAUACAAAAAAUCAUCAUCAGAAUAAAAACAAAAAUCUGAAUAACACUGAAAGUUUCCUUUGAUCUGUACCUGUUUGGAGGUUUCGGCAAAAACAACUGAAAUGUUCAGAUUUUAAC